GAGAGAGCCAUGUCUGCCAGCGAGAGCUGUGUGAGCCUUUGGCGGGAGGAGAACGACGGCCUGGUCCGGCGCUGGCGGAGGGAAACGGGCAAUAAUGUUUCAGAGUGUCCAAAGAGUUCGGAAGCAAAGGAGAAGCCCAGGAACGAUCACUGAACAAACUGUGGAAGUCUAUGGCAACAAGGUCUUCAGGCUCCGACUGCUCAGUGACACAAACAGCUCAGCAAUGCCGCCUCGCCUUCACCAAGUUGCUGCAGAAAAUCCAAGGGCUUCCGGCUGCCCUCCCAGCUCUUCCACUGGAGCUGACAGUCCUCUACAACGCUCUCCUCUUUGAUAUUAAUCUGUCCAGCAGUUCUGAUGAGGAGCUUUUGACAUUAAUAGACCAUGGACUCAGUAGAGUGCUUGAGGCUUGUUCUGUAUCUGACCGGGGUGUCUGCUCAGAGGAAUGCUGGGAGAGGAUUCUCCAGGGAAGGAUCCCUGAGGAGCUCCAGGCCUCUCUGCACCGACUGGCUGCCCUGCAGGCUGCACUUUGGCUGAUGGCAAACCGCCUGGAAGCUGUGGAAGGUCUCUUUCGGAUUCUGAGUGGUGCCAAGGACCUGGGGGCUUCUUGCCCUGGCUCUCAAAAUGAGCUUCUUUCACUGCUACAGACGUGGAAUCCAUGUGAUAUGGAGGGAUCUGACCCCCUUGUGGCACAGAGUUUGCAAGACCUGAAAGAGAUGCUGUGGACUUCAGCUGCCUUCUUGCAAGGUAUUCAGAAACUUGAAGCUGGUGAUAGCCCUGCUGCUCUUGCCUUUCUCCAAGCAGCUGCUGCUGGGCUGUCUUCUAAGCGAGUCCUUGCCCAGACCUUCACCUUAAUGGGAUGCUGCACCUUGAAACUGGGCAAGCCACAGGUGGCAAUGCAGCACCUGAGACGAGCCCUGCAGGUGGAUUUCACAUUCCUUCCUGCCUUGUACCAAGCAGCCUUGUUGUACCGCCAACUGGACCUCCUGGAGGCGGAGCUGGAGUCCUUGACUUUGCUUUAUCAGGCUUUGGAUGGCCCUGCACAGGUGACUAGAGAGUCGGUCCAACCGUGUUUCCUAAUCAGAAUAGAGCAUCUCGUUCGUUCAUCUCGACUGUCCCCUUUCUUUGUCCAGAAGUGUCCUUCAGGAGUAAAAUACCUGUUGGCACAGAGGUGCCUUCAGGCAAGGAGGGUAUGGUUUCCAGUUUUGAAUCCCAGUCCAGCAUUCAAAACACUACACCGUGCUAAAUGUUGCAAAGCUUUUCUGUUGGGCCUCAGCCACCCAUCCAGCCAUGAGAAAACUUGGCAAGAACUGACUGGAGGACGGAGCACCACUGAAAUGGCCAUGCUCCAGCAGUGUGAGGCCCCUGUUGUGUCCUUUUGGCUCCUUUUGACUUGUCCUUUCUGCUGCAGGGCAAAUGAAGCAGCAGAGCACUACCUUGACCUCUUGGCCAUGCUACAAGAAGGGCCCCUUCAGCAGGUGUGCCAGAGUGGGGAGCUGGCCUUGCCUAGGAUCCCUGAAGUGUUCUUGGAAGCUGCCUCUGCACUGGAGGAACUGGCCAAGAACGAAGAUGCCAUUGUGGUGUGUGAGGAGGUGGUCAUGCAGACAAGUAAGCUGAUCCCCAAGAAGCUGAGAAUUGGACCGGGCUUGAGAAGUGAUGAGGAUGUCCUGUGGGCAAAGUCUCCCAGCAUCUUCCAGAAGCAAGAGAGCCUAUGCUGCAUCCUUUGGCGAGCAGCUGCCUAUCUGCUCCAGGGAUGGGGCUGGGCCAGGCAAGGAGAGGUCAAGGAAGCCAUCAGCCACUUCAGCAGGUCCCUUGAUGAUCUCCUGAGAGUCCAUUUUGUGAGUCCAGGUGGCAGCUGCAACAGCAGCACUGAAGAGAACUGGGAGCAAAUGGGGCUACCAGAAGCAAAGGUUCUUGGCCAAAUCAGGCAGCUGGCCCUGACUGGACGAGGGGCUCAGUUUCUGGAGCUGGGGCAAGAGAAAAAGGCCUUGAUGGAUUUUCAGUACAGUCUGCACAUCUGUCCUGACAAUCCCAGUGCAAAUUUGUACUUCCUCCACACUCUGUGGAAGUUGGGCCGAAGGCAGGAAGCCGCUGCACACUGGCAGAUGUUCCUCCCAAAGUCUGCAUUGAUGGAUGAAAUGGCAGAAGGAUCCUUUCCAUUAUAUCUGCAGCCGUGUGUGAGACAAAUGAAGUUUCCCCAUGUGGAGUCUCUCACCAGCGACAUGAAGAGGUUUCUGGAGGGAAACAACCAGGAACCCUAGACGUUGGCAGUGCUGUCUUCUUGUUUUCCUUUCAGACAACUGGACUUCUCUGCCUUGGAGGGGGGGGUAGCUUUUGAGGGUUACUGAUGCAAAAAGGAAGUAUGUGUAUUUGCAGAAACAAGCUGUAUAUAAUAAAAAUCCC